AUGAGUGGCAAAGGUGUGUAUAGGAAGAGUGGUACUCUUCCAGUGACGAGACAGAUACUGAAGAAGCCAACCACUGGCCAGAAAUACCUGCUGGAUGAAUUGAAGAAACCUAAGCCAAAGGGUAUGAAAGGUGUAGGGUACGCGGCUGGUGUGCUGCAACCUCGUGGUUCUCAUAGAAUUUCUCCACCGGUGGAAUUUGUCGAUGUCGAGAAAUUGAUCGAUAGCACUGUCCGCACUCCUAGUAAAGAUACAGAGGCCAGAUCGCAACAGGCUAAGGAUAAACUGAAUAAAGCUGAGCUAAGAAGGCAGUAUCUUGCAGAAUCCUUCAGGAAAGAGGAAGAAAGGCUGAUUAAGAUGCAUGAGCUCAUCCAGAAACGCGAGCAGUUGGUACAGGAACAGAGACAGCGUGAAAUGGAGGAAUUAAACGAACCCAGGUCAAGUGACCUAACCAUACCUUCAUUGAAUGAAAUGGUUUCAGGAAAACUAAUGAGGGACCGAACACCAGAAGAGAAAGAAUUGCUUGAGAUGAAACGUAGGUAUAACAGAGAAACACAGGAACUGCGGAUCCAAGAAAACAAGUUGAAGAAGCUGUUGAAUCUGUAUCACAUGUCCAGUGAAUUCAUCACAACGGAGGAACAAUUAUUGGCAACUAUUGAAAACGUUUUCUCCACCAGAACUGCAACAUCAAGCUUUGACUCCAUCAAAUCGCUACCUAAGAACUCCAUCACUAAGGGUAAUAAUGCAUUUGCUCAGGAUCUAUUCUUCGGUACAAACACCAGGAAUGACACAUCCGAAGUAGGAUUACCCAUGGUACAAGAUUUCAUUAGUGGUGAACUAAACAGACUACAUACUAAGGCUAAGGAAAAUCUUGAAGUUCAACUGGAACAACAGAAAAACAGCUCUAAAAUUGACUUGUAA